AUGCAAAUCCCAAUCAAUUCUCGUAGACUUGCUUUAGUCAUCCUCCUGGCUUAUAUUCCAACACAAUCCUAUGGUUCAUCCUGGUUUGCUUCUGACUCUGCCCCAGCAGCAUAUCCAUCUUCGUUUUCCUCCUGGACUCCUGCGCAAUAUGUAUCUUUUCAGAAUUCUAUUACCUCUAUGCGCGACAGCACCUUCGAUGCCUGGGAUGAAUCUCGUCUUCGCGAAUGGCUGUUGGAACAGGGAAUCGUCGCUCCCAAGGGUCCCAGAGAAGAAAUCGUACUGGUAGCUAAACGCAGAUGGAGAGAUUGGCAGGAUGCCAAAGCGAACUUCGAUGCUUCUGCGAGCAGUAUGGGAAGUUCCGCCUCGAGUGUAGUGUCUUCAGCGAUGUCUCAAGCCUCCUCUACGGUGGAUACUGCUGCUUCAUCUGCCUCUUCGGCGGUAGUCUCAUACGUUGCGCAGGCUACUGCUGAGCUUCCCCAGCAUCCUUUAGAUGACACGAAGGAUUACGUGUGGUCUACAUGGGAUGAUACCCAGCUUCGCAAGUAUCUCGUUCAGAAAGGCGUCAUUGAUGACCGUACGGCUGCUGGCAAGAAGCGCGACGAGUUAGUUGCGCUUGUUAAGGAUGGAUAUAAUAGUGCCCAAGGAAAUAUUUGGGAAACGUGGGGUGAUAGUUAUAUGCGCGAAUGGCUCGCAUCGCACAACCUGAUCGACACUCGUUCCCCUAUCGAACACUCCCGAGACGAAUACCUCGAUUUAAUGCGCACGUAUUACUACAACACAUCUCAACGUGUUUGGAAUACAUGGUCCGACAGUGACCUGAAGGCGUGGUUGGUCGAUAACGGCAUCGUGAAACGCGACGCAGAAAUUCAGACGGAGAAGAUGCGCAAAUUGGUGCAGGAUAAUUAUGCGCAUGCUCAGUCGACGUUGAGUUCUUCGUGGACAGAAUCACAGAUGCGCGCUUGGUUGAUUGAGAAGGGAUACAUGCGUAGUGAUGCUCAGGUGAAGAGAGACGAGCUCAUCAGUAUGUUUUAUAACAAAUAUUCUGCCGCCUCUGCCGCCAUCGCCCCAUAUCUCGUUUGGCCAGACGCCCGCCUCCGCGCAUAUCUCCGCGAACACACACUCUUUUCUUCCGCCUCCUCGUCUCCUUCAUCAUCGCAACAAAUUUUCUCCCUACCCAAAUCCCGUUCCGAGCUCCUAAAGGAAACCAGAAUCAAAUGGGUCCAAAGUACUUCUGCUGCUGAGGGAGUCGUCAACCGUCUCAAGGAGCUUUUAGACGACAACGUCAUUGGGCCUGUUGAGGUGCAAUUGGCGAGAGUGUGGGAGGUUUUGGUUGGGAGUAAAAAGGAUACAGAAGUUUAUGUGAACGAAAAAUACGCUCAGGGGAACAACUAUGCGGGGAUGAAAGCAAAUGAUGCGUCCGAUGUAUAUGAGGAUAAGAAGGCCAAGGCGUAUGCAAAGGUCAACGGAGAGAUGUGA